CAUCACGAGAGCGACAGAUGAGGACGGUCUGGUUAGCCAGUGAGUAGCUGACGUUGUCGCUUACCCGAGUUCGUGAAAAGAGGAAAAUAAAGGACACUUGCAUUUCCAGAAGGAGACAUGUAAUAUGGAGGACAUAGGUCCAGUUACCCAGGAGCCUUCUAAGAUGGCAUAUAAGUGUGAAGCAGCAGACUCAGAAGAGGUGAGCAAUGAGGAGGAAGAGAAGAGUCUCACACAACACACGGGCCUCCAUUUCAUGAGUAACUUGGAGGAAAGAUGUGUGGACAUCAAGAAAGAGGACUGUGAAUGGGAAUAUGUGCACCUUCCUCAUGACUGCCCUAGCAUUAAGGAGGAGGACUGUGAGUCCGAGGUGACAUUUGACAGCAGUGACAUGCAGGAAACUGAAAUGGUAAGCAGUGUGAAAAAUGAAGACUUAAAACUGGAGUUUGUCUCCCAGGACGUGUGUUCAGAUGUCACUGGAUUAGGCCUCACUCUGAAGAGUCAGCACACCCUACAGCAUCACUCUGUACCUGUGAAGUCUGAAUAUUUGGAGUCUGACGUGACCAGGAUUGAGAAAGAAUUAAGUUCAUGUCCCUCUGAAGAAGAUUUACAAGAAAGUGACAACCCCUCCCCAUCAUCAUUUCAUCUUCACUGCAGACUCUCACAAAAUCAAAAUGUGAAAAAGCCAAUGCCUAAAGCAGAGGGUUUGUUACCAGCCCAUAGCAAACAAUUCUUCACCAGUGGAGAUCUUGAAAUGCACAAAACAAUUUUUACUGAAGAGAAGCCAUAUUACUGUUCAGAAUGUGGCAAGCAAUUUUCUUACAGGAGCACUCUCAAAAACCACAUGAAAAUCCACACCGGAGAGAAGCCAUAUUGUUGUUCAGACUGUGGUAAACGAUUCUCUACAAGUAGCUAUCUUCAGAUUCACAGAAGAGUUCAUACUGGAGAGAAGCCAUAUUGCUGUUCUGACUGUGGUAAACGAUUCUCGCAAUGUGGCCAUUUUCAGUGCCACACCAGAAUUCAUACUGGAGAGAAGCUAUACUGCUGUACUGAAUGUGGCAAACGGUUCUCUAGGAGUGGCCUUCUUCAUAUACAUAGAAGAAUUCACACUGGAGAGAAGCCAUAUUGCUGUUUUGACUGUGGCAAACGAUUCCGCACAUUUGGCCUGCUUCAGACUCACACUAGAAUUCACACAGGAGAAAAGCCGUUUGGCUGUACUGACUGUGACAAACGAUUUUGCACUGGUGGUGAUCUUCGGAACCACAGGAGAGUUCACACUGGAGAGAAGCCAUAUUGCUGUUCUGACUGUGGUAAACAAUUUACUACAAGUAGCAAUCUUCAGACUCACAGAAGGUUUCAUACCGGAGAGAAGCCAUAUUGCUGUACUGAUUGUGGUAAACGAUUCUCUACAAGGAGCGACCUUCAAAGUCACAGAAGAUUUCAUACUGGAGAGAAGCCAUAUUGCUGUUCUGAAUGUGGUAAAGAAUUCCGUACCAGUGGUUCUCUUCAAACCCACAGACGGAUUCACACUGGAGAGAAGCCAUAUUGCUGUUCUGACUGUGGUAAACAUUUUUCCACAAGUAGCAAUCUUAAGACUCACAGUAGAUUUCAUACUGGAGAGAAGCCUUAUUGCUGUUCUGACUGUGGUGAACGAUUCCCUACAAGCAGCGACCUUCAAACACACAGAAAAUUUCAUACUGGAGAGAAGAUGAACACAGAUGAACACAGUACAAUAUGCUGUGCAGCAGAAGAAAGAAUUCAAAAUGUUUGAUCAGCAGAAAA